CCAUCCCCCCCGGAACGCUGACGGUCUCCCACUUCCACCCCCACGAGCCAGCGCCACGUCCCUCUGCCUUGGGCUUCCAUUUCUCCGUCGUUUUCCCUCUCUGCUUUAACAGAGAAACGCGGGAGUGGAGCCUGCACGCAGGACCCUGACCGCACUGACGCAGUGUCCUCUGAGGGCAGCCUCUCUCUGCGGGGCUGGCUCCCUGCCCCCACGCGGCCGCCCUGCACGAGGAGCCGGCGGGGACUUUGGCCGCGGGCUGACCAUGGCCGGCUGCAUCCUGCCACCCCUCGCCAUCCUCGGGGUCCUAGCCCUUCUCGCCCCGCACGCCGCCUGGCCCACAGUUUUCCUUCCCGCUUCGAAAGCGCACGAACUUCUGGCCAGGUGGAGGCGAGCCGGCUCCUACCUCUUAGAAGAGCUCUUCGAGGGGCAUUUAGAGAAGGAGUGCUUCGAGGAGGUCUGUGUCUAUGAGGAGGCGAGAGAAGUGUUUGAACACGGCGAGUCCACGGAUGAAUUCUGGAGGACAUACAUGGGCGGCUCCCCUUGCGCCUCCCAGCCUUGCCUCAACAACGGGUCCUGUCAGGACACCAUUCGCGGCUACGCCUGCACCUGUGCGCCGGGCUAUGAAGGCCCCAAUUGCGCCUUCGCUAAAAACGAAUGUCACCCUCUGAGGCUGGACGGGUGUCAGCACUUCUGCCACCCGGGACCGGAGUCCUACACGUGCAGCUGUGCAAGGGGCCACAAGCUGGGCGGAGACCACAGGUCCUGCCUCCCCCUCGACAGCUGUGCGUGUGGAACCCUCGGUUCUGAGUGCUGCCAGAGGCCCCAGCGAAGCCAGCAGAACCUUCCGCCUUUUCCGUGGCAGGUAAAACUAACAAAUUCUGAAGGAAAAGACUUCUGCGGGGGUGUUCUAAUACAGGACAACUUUGUGCUGACAACAGCAAAAUGCUCACUAUUGUACAGAAACAUUAGUGUGAAAACGAGUUCCGACUUCCGGGUGCGCGUGAAGGGCGUCCACGUGCACACGAGGUUCGAGGCGGACACCGGGCACAACGACGUGGCCCUGCUGGACCUGGCGCGGCCCGUGCGCUGCCCCGACGCCGGGCGGCCAGUCUGCACGGCCGACGCGGACUUCGCCGAGCGCGUCCUCCUGCCGCAGCCGGGCGUCCUGGGCGGCUGGACCCUCCGCGGCCGCGAGAUGGUACCCUUGCGGUUGCGGGUCAUGCACGUGGAGCCCGCGGAGUGCGGCCGGGCCCUCAAUGCCACGGUGACCACACGGACCGGCUGCGAGCGGGGCGCGGCAGCCGACGCGGCGCGGUGGGUGGCGGGCGGCGCGGUGACCCGGGAGCACCGGGGCGCCUGGUUCCUCACCGGCCUGUUGGGCGCCGCGCCUCCCGAAGGGCCCGGGCCGCUCCUGCUCAUCAAGGUCCCUAGAUAUGCGCUCUGGCUCCGGCAAGUCACUCAGCAGCCGAACCUCGCCAGUCCGAGAGGCGACUAGGGUCAGGGGCGCGACGGGGAACCAGUGCCGGGUGGUCUUGGUGGGCGGUGGGCACCUGCGGCCCUUCUUCCGGGACCUCUCGUCUGACCUGAGCCCUUAGGAGGGAAGGAGGCGUGUCCAGCAAUAAAAACAGACCCCAAACAGCGCUUUCCUAAACCGGCUGGGGAACCGGGGUUCAAUCCAACAGCAGCGACUCUGGGUUGGGGGGGACGGGGGUAGUUGCGAGCACAGCGACCUCCCAGCUCUCCGGGGGGCGGGGGGUGGGGGGACGGGGCUGUGGAGCUCCGGGAGGAGGCGGCGCAGGGGAGGAACUAGGGCCCGUGCAUGGCUCACGUCUGGGGAGAACUUCUGCAUGGAGGGUCUGCAGGCCCCAAGAGGGCGAAGCGGCCCGGAACCCACCAGCGAGUCCCACCCAGACUGCAGCCGCCCUCCCCCACAGACAGGACCCCGCCCCAUCUGCGCCCAAGUGACAGCAAGAGCACGUGGACGGACGUGCUGUGUACUUACGCAUCAUUUCUAAGCCAGGAGGUGCCUGGCUCACGGAGAAUGGAGCGGCCCUCACGACUGAGCUCCCUGGACCCCAUGGUGGGGCCUCGAGGCGGGUGGGAUCCAGAGGCUCAGGCAUGAGGCACCGCGCUGCUGGGGAAGGCAGCGUUGUUUUAAGGGGUUAGAAUUGUGAUUUAUACAUUCUUCUGACUGGAAAACUGGUAGGAUUUCAAAGUCUACUGUUCCUCCAUUGCCUUCCUUUGUUUUUGCCAAGGUCCUUUCGGAGAAAUGGGCCAAUGCAUCUGCAGAUUGGCCAAAAAACGUUAAUUCUGGGAUUAAAGUAUAAUAUCAGAAAUGAAA